CGGGCGCGGUUGCCGUGGCAGCGCCUGCCCGAGGGAGGGCGGCGGCGCGGGGCCAGGACCCCGGCGGGCAGAGGCGGCGACGCGGCCACCCGAGAGUGUGCGGCGGGGCAGCUGAGCGGCGGGAGCUCCGCCCUGCUGGCUGGUGGGGAUGCGGGACCGGCUGCCCGACCUCACGGCGUGUAGGAAAAGCGACGAUGGAGACAAUGCUGUCAUCAUCACGGUGGAGAAGGACCACUUCAUGGAUGCCUUCUUCCAUCAGGUGGAGGAGAUUCGAAGCAGCAUAGCCAGGAUUGCUCAGCACGUGGAAGACGUGAAGAAGAACCACAGCAUCAUCCUUUCUGCCCCAAACCCAGAAGGAAAAAUAAAAGAAGAGCUGGAGGACCUGAACAAAGAGAUCAAGAAAACCGCUAACAAGAUCCGGGGCAAGCUGAAGGCUAUUGAGCAGAGUUGUGAUCAGGACGAGAACGGGAACCGAACUUCAGUGGAUCUGCGGAUACGAAGGACCCAGCACUCGGUGCUGUCACGGAAGUUUGUGGACGUCAUGACAGAAUACAAUGAAGCGCCAGAUCCUGUUUGAGGGGAGGCGAAGCAAGGCCAUCAGCGCCAGCUAGAGAUCACUGGGAGGACCACCACCGAUGAGGAGCUGGAGGAGAUGCUGGAGAGCGGGAAGCCGUCCAUCUUCAUCUCGGACAUUAUAUCAGAUUCACAGAUUACUAGGCAAGCUCUCAAUGAGAUCGAGUCACGCCACAAAGACAUCAUGAAGCUGGAGACCAGCAUCCGAGAGCUGCACGAGAUGUUCAUGGAUAUGGCCAUGUUUGUCGAGACUCAGGGUGAAAUGGUCAACAACAUCGAGAGAAACGUGGUGAACUCCGUAGAUUACGUGGAGCACGCCAAGGAAGAGACUAAGAAAGCCAUCAAAUACCAGAGCAAGGCCAGACGGAAAAAGUGGAUAAUUGCUGCUGUGGUGGUGGCUGUCAUUGCUGUCCUGGCUCUAAUCAUUGGCUUGUCGUUUGGCAAAUGAUUGCGUAGAUGGCGCUGGGUGCUUGCCUCUCCCUCAGGGUGGCAAAGGUGAUGUUCGUCCUCAUCUGUGUAGUCACUUUGCUUGUGAUCCUUGGAAUUAUUCUAGCAACAGCAUUGUCAUAGCAACCGCACCCCAAGAGCUCUUUGUCCUC